CACCUCCCCGGCAGUCUUGCAGUGAUUCCAGUGAGAAGCAGCCCCCUGUGCCUGAGGAACAAGGGGAUGAAACCCACUUCCUAGGGAACUCUCGCUGAGCAGGUCGUGGGAUGUGCUGACAAGCACAGAACCCCUGCAUCGUGUCCCUGCCUAGACGUUGUCCCUUUGACAGGGAUGAGGCUGGUCAUGACCAGGGCAGUGCAGGUCCCACCAGGACGUGUUUCUGGAGCAGGCGUGCGGGCACCCCGGGCUCCGCGCAGCCUCUGCCACGGGGCCAUCAAGGGGCCCUGCGGCACCUCGAUCCCGUUUGUCCUGAUUCCUGGGGAGGGAGGUGCAGAGGCCUGAAUGGCUGCUUUCGGGAUCAGCCAGGCAGUUUUCCAGCCUGGUAUGUCUGUCAAGCGCUGCCCGUGGCCGACGGCUGAGGAUGAAUCCCUGGUGCACGUGCCAUUUGCGCGGCAGGACGCGCGUCACGACUGUCACCGGGUUAAUGGCUGGCAUCCCGCUCUACCUGCCAGUGUGCCGCUGGCACCCACGGCCCUGCACCCCGUCCGUCGGGCUCCGCUCCCCAGCCACAGGCAAACCCAGGGCCCAGGGGGGCCGGCCAGGCGCCGGGGUGCCCGCUCUCCUGGUUGCAUGGAGACAUGGUGCCGGCGCGGCGCGGCAUUCGACUGCGUGCCGCAGCCGGCAGCCUACUGCCCUGACUGGAUGGCAGAGCUCCCCGACGCCCUGCCCCUCUCCCGCCUCUCCAUCCCUGGCACCCACGACUCCCUCAGCCUGUUUGGCGGCCGGCGCCUGCGGUGCCAGAGCUGGAACCUGGAGGCCCAGCUGGCGGCCGGCGUCCGCUUCCUGGAUGUGCGCUGCAAGCUGUCGCGGGGCGAGCUCCGCGUCUACCACCUCUGCACCUUCCAGCGGGCCAGCCUGAGGGGGGUCCUGCGCCGCACCCUGCGCUUCCUCCGUGCCCACCCCGGCGAGGCCGUGCUCAUGCGGAUCAAGGAGGAGCUGCCCAUCUUCUCCCGGCCGGGCUUCGCUGCCCAGCUGCAUCGCUGCCUGCUGGAGGAGGGACAGGGCUGUUUGUGGUGCCAGGAGGAGGUGCCAACGCUGGGCCAGGUGCGUGGGAAGAUCGUGGUACUGGAGGCGCUCACGCGGGAGGUGCUGGGCAUCCCCUACGAGCAGCUGAGCAUCAGCGACGCCUGGAACGUGCUGUCAGUGGAGCGCAAGUGGGCCCGAGUGCGCCGGCACCUGGAGAAGGCAGCUGGCGGGGACUCCACCACCAUGUACCUCACCUUCUGCUCCGGCAAUGGGCUCUUCACCUGCCCUGAGGAGGUGGCCCGCAUUGUGAACCCCCGCUGCUACCAGCACCUGCGGCGCCGGGGCGGGCAGCCCGUGCGCUGGGGGGUGGUCAUCAUGGACUUCCCCGGCGCGGGGCUUCUCCGGCUCAUCGUGGAGAGCAACGGCCUGCAGGCCAAUGGACACAGCACAGCAGGCCCCGGCACGCCCGCAGCGCCCUUGCAGCAUCCCCGCGGCAGGGGGGACAGACGCCGCAGCCGGCACAGCUCCGCUCGCUGCCUGCGCCGGUGCCCGUCGGGACGGACACUGCUCCCAGCCUCACGCCUCUGCCGAAGGACAUCAGUGCCUGUAGAGCAGAAGCGGGUUUCUAGGGCUCGCAGAGCACCAGGAAGCCUUCGUGUGACGAUGGUGUGACGGCGGCAGAGGCAGCAGAGAGCUGACAGCCCGGUGGUCGGAGCUGGGCCGCCCGGGGAGCUGCGCCUUGCACAUCGCUUUGCCCGGAGGAGCCAGGUACGGUGCUGGGCCAGCCCAGUCCCCUCAGCACAGCAGGGAUGGUGGGGAGAGAAGGUCCUGCCUCACCUCCUUUUGGGCCAGUGAGUCCUCCCAUAAUAUCCGCAAAAUAGUCAUUUUCCUUUCAAGGGUAAAUAAAAAUAAAAAUAAGCUAAGAAAGCACUCCCUAUGUUGCCUUACCAUUUCCUGUCAGAAAAGUGCAGAAAAAACUUUUUGUUCUUGCUGCUCAGAUGUGAAGGAGCCUGUACCCCUCUUCCCAUGGCCAGAGCAGGUUAAAUUGGUGUCUGUGAUCAUCUUGGUCUUUAAAGCAGAGCUGCAGGAUGUCGG